AUGCAUGGCCCAGUGUCUGUGGCAUCCGUGAUCUGGAUUUUGAGUGUCCCAUUCACGAUUCCUGCGGCUUCAGCUCUAUCCUGUGAGGAUGACGUGGUCGAGCUGCUACACAUGCGACAGGUUCGGACCGACGCUUCCUCGAACAGCACGAAGAAGGAGGAUGCAGGCCAAGAUCACGUGGACGCAGUCACAACUGCCACACUCAGUGCGACAACGUCCGACGCUCUGCCACUGCUAGCUUCUCUGCACGACCCGUCUUCGAAGCGGACAGAGGCGCAUUCUGCAUUUGCCAUUCCGAAAGCAAACGUAAACAGCCACAUGUUGCUACACUACACUUACUCCCAGAAAUGGGUGAGAUGUCGGUAUUUCAUGACCGGGAUGGUUUGA